AUGCCCGAGCUAAUCGAAAACAACCCCUGGCAGCUGCCGUCCACAUAUGAAAGCCUCGCAGACUUCAUACAACCCUCCUCCAAAGCCUCUUUGCGCCACGCUGAUGACGGGAGUGACAUCACACACCAACAGCUUCGGGACUACGUCAGCAACUUUACCCUUCCAGUCCUGAACAGUGGUGUCUUGAGCAAGCCCGUUGUGGCCAUCAUCCUUCCCAAUGGACCCUUGCUGGCUGCCACCGUCUUGGCCACGGCGACCUGGUAUGCCGCCGCUCCCAUCAGCGCGGCAGCAGGUGCGGAACAGAUAGUGGCAGAUAUUGCGCUCUCUGGGGCCAGUGCCGUCGUAUCCUGCCAUGCGGAGGCUGAACGUCUUUGCCUCAAGCAGACGGGGCUUGAUGUUUUCCUCGUUUCGCAGGGAGGAGAUGGUGAGAUCGUGAUUGAGACUGCUCAUUCAGUUAUCCCGCACCACAAGUCAACACCAGUUGCCAAUCAUGGAGACGACUAUGGGAUCAUCCUCUUCACAAGUGGCACAAGCGGAAAUAAGAAGGUGGUGCCCAUGACCAUGCACUCCAUCGUCUCUGGCGUCAGGUUUGUCAUCGAGUCUUGGGCCCUGACAGCCAACGAUACAUGUCUAAACAUGAUGCCCCUCUGCCAUGUAGGAGGCCUGAUCCGCAAUGUCUUCGCGCCAAUCUUCGCCGGCGGGUCGACCAUCUGCUGUGCGGCGUUUGACGGCAACCUCUUCUGGGACGUGGUCGACACCAUGGGCCCAACAUGGUACUACGCGUCGCCGUCGAUGCACUCUGUCAUACUCGACACAGCCGCAUUUCGAAGCCAGGCAUUGGCCAAGUCGCAGAUUCGCCUCAUCUGCAACGCCGCUGGUGGCCUGCUCCCGGCUCUCGCCGCGCAGCUGCGAGGCACUUUCGACUGCACUGUUCUCCCCAGUUACGGCAUGACAGAGUGCAUGCCCGUAAGCACACCACCAAUAGACUACAAGCUGGACCGCCCCGGUACUUCGGGCAUAUCCGUAGGCCCUGAUCUCGUGAUUAUGCAUGGCAAUGGUUCGCCAGCAACCCCUGGGAACGUGGGCCAGAUCUGUGUUCGUGGCGAGCCAACUUUCAAGGGAUACCUUCAACCGGAUGGCUCACUCGACACUUCCGCCCUGACUGCAGACGGAUGGUUCGAUACGGGCGACAUGGGUUAUAUGGACAGCGACGGCUAUCUGUACAUCACCGGCCGCAACAAGGAGGUUAUCAACCGCGGGGGAGAGCUGGUAUCCCCUUUCGAGGUCGAGAACGCCAUCGUCGCGGCUGCCGAGCGGGAAGACUCCCCCAUAUUCGGCAGAGUCUCCGAGGCACUAGCAUUCUCCGCCCGGCACGAUGUGUUGCAGGAAGUCGUGGGAAUCGUGCUGGUAACGCCUAAAGACAAGCCACGCGCCGACCUGCGCCUACUGCACGAAGCUCUGCGAUCGUCACUGCAACAAGUCAAGUGGCCUGUCGUCGUCGUGUAUAUGAACGCUACGCCGAAAAGGAAUGGCAAGGUGCUGCGGAUCAAGCUGGGCGAGAGGCUGAACUUCCCCUGCACGACCGACGAGUAUCCUUAUGCCAGGAGGCACUGGGAAGCACAUUGUCCUCCACCGGACACAGGCCUCGAUGUUUCGAUUUCAGCUUGGCCGUGUGAUAUCGCCCAGGUAAAUGUACAGCGACUGUUGGAAACUCUGGUAUUCCCAGGGGUUGACGUGAUCGUGGAGAAGAACUGUCGAGUUGGUACUCUGGAGGCCGUGAUGGCGCCCAAGCUGGAUCGAAGUUCAGCUCUUGAUGCUAGUACAGCGCACUAUUUGAAAGAGGCAGCAUCGGCACUCCUUGAUGGGUAUCUGGUUCCACAUAAGUUUUCAACACUUCAGAAAGCUUUUCCCCGAGACGAGAAGGACAAUAUUGAUCAUGCAUUGUUACAGAGGCAGCUGGAAGAAGAGCGCGAAGUGUCGUCCGCUAUUCUGGAUUCGUCAACUGAGGGCCAAAUCAUUCAAGUAUUUGCCGACUUACUGCAGCUGGACAUCAAAGAUAUAGCUCCGCACAAGGGGUUCAUGGAGAUGGGUGGAGACUCGCUGCGAGCCGGCAAGCUCCUGUCUAUACUGCGUAGCAAGUUCAACAUGCGCCUUCCCAUCGACCUGAUCUUCAGCGCUGGCUCCGUCGACCGCUUAUCCGAAUUCAUCAACGAGGAGCUGUCGAGGCAGACGACAGAGACGCCCGGCAGUGAAAAGGAAGAUGCCACCAUUGGUAGCGGCAAGUCAUACAGCUCGACGAACCUGCUCCUGCUGAUACUCCAGCUCUUUCCCGUCGUCGUCUUCUACCCUCUGACCAGAGCGUUCUGGUGGACCAUUUUCGUCUACGCGCUCAACCUCUUCCGGCAACUGCCGACCAACACGAACGUCUACGGACGGCUGUUCAAUCUAGUGCUCUCGAUCGCCGUCUCGCGCGUUGCCCGGCGCCUCACUAUGCCCUGGGUAGGCAUUGCUUUGAAAUGGAUCAUCAUCGGACGGCACCGCGAGGGCCUCUACCCGAUGUGGGGUCCGUAUCACACGCGCUGGUGGAUGACGCAGAAGCUGGUCGACAUCUGCGGCAAGGGCUUCUUCGGGAGCGCCGAUUUCCUCGAGCUGCACUACUACCGCCUCCUCGGUGCGAAGAUCGGGCGCGGUGUCACGCUUAAGAAUGUACAGCUCGGCGAGUGGGAUCUGCUUGAGAUCGGCGACGGUGCCACGCUCGACGGCUGCAUUGUCCGGCCCAUGGCCGGAGAGAGGAAUACUACGAUGUACCUGGGCAGGAUAAGCAUCGGGCGGAACGCGUCCGUAGGCGUUAGCUCGGUCGUCGCGCCUGGGACCGUGGUGCCGGACGAGACAUGCAUUGGACCCAACUCCUCCUCCCACGAGAUGGAAGACGCAACUGAGGCCAACCGUGACCUCUCGGCGACGAAAGCGCCCAGGACCCACUGGGCCCUGGCGCUGUUUGCGACUGCGCCCCUUUCGAUCAUGGCAAAGUUUCUCUAUCUGCUUCCAUGGUUCUCCGGUCUUCUGGGCCUUGCCUGGUCGGACCCGGAUGAGCCAGCAUCAAUCGCCGGUACCCUGGCCUGGUUCGCCGGAAGUGAGCGAAUUGGCUACCACUAUCUUGCUCGCUCAUUGAAGAUCCUCGUGGGGCCUGCCCUACUCUUCGGCUUCGUUGUCCUCGUCCGCGUAUUGCUUGACUUGUGCUUUGGACGCCUUGGACCAAGUCUAGCUGCUGAGAGAGGGUCGGUCGAGACGUGGAGGAUGGGACUGAUGAAGUCCUUGAUGCCACUAGGCACUCUAAGGGACGUCACCGAGCUGUUCGGCCAGCAUUACGAGGCUACCAGCGUCGCAAUCCGGAUGCUCGGGGGCAAGGCAGGCAAGCGUAUCUAUUGGCCCGGGACCGGACCCAGUAUCGGUGACUACCACUUGUUGGACGUCGGGAACGAUGUCGUGUUCGGGUCCCGAUCGCACCUUAUCACCUCGGACGGCGUUGGUUCGGGUACCGUCUCAAUUGGGGACAAUGCCAUGAUUGCAGACCGCGUUGUUUUACUGCCAAACACCAGGAUAAAGCAACGUGCGGUCAUGGGUUCGGGCGCGAUGACGAAGCGUGACAAGACAUACGAGGCUGGUGGUACCUAUGUAGGAUCCAGAGGCGGAGAUUCUCUCUGCUUGAGCGUCAACAGGGUCACCGAGAAGAGUUCGACCGCCUCUAGUAUCACCUAUGGAGCCGACACUCCGGUCGUCAACGACAGCACCUCCAGUCUCGAGAAGCCCCAACUGCAUGCCGAAACAUUGGGAGUAGGAUCAGGCAGCAGUACCUCUCUCCUUUCGCCGCAGGUUUGUCGCACUUGUGGAAGCUGUCCCACUUGUGGAAACUCGCUAUCCCGCCCGGUCCCUGGCAAGCAUUUGGCCAACUUAUUCAAGAGGACCAGAAAGGCCGGACCGGCCAGCACCACAGGGGCGGACUCAUCGUCCCCAUUUGGCAGAGCCUUCUAUCAGCACCAAGCAGCGUAUUAUGUAUUCCGGCCGUGGCAGAUAUUCCUCUACUCGGCGGGCACGGUCGUUUUCACGCACAUCUACUGGGAUGCAUCAGCCAUCUCCUCAAUCCAGAUCCUGGCACGCAUCUUCCAAGUGCUUGAAUUGAAAGACGGGAGCGCGCCCUCCGUGUUCACGCUGUACGGUUACUUCGCCGUGCUGAUCUCCGCCUUCAUCACGGUGCAGGUGGUCCUCGCGCUCGGGGCCCUCAUCGCUGCCAAGUGGCUCCUCCUGGGGCGCCGGCAGCCGGGCAACUACGACUGGGACAAGAGCAGCUACUGCCAGCGGUGGCAGCUGUACCUGACGCUCGAGAAGUUGCGGCAGCACUGCCUGGGCGGCAGCGGGAUCCUGAGCUUUUUUAGUGGUACGGCGUACGCGGUGUGGUACUUCCGGGCGCUCGGCGCGACUAUUGGUAGAGACUGCGCGCUGUUCGUCAACGGGAAGCCCAGCCUGUACUUUACGGAGCCGGACCUGCUGACGCUGGGCGACCGCGUCGUGGUUGAUAAUGCUAGCCUGGUCGGGCACGUGAACACGCGCGGCAAGUUCGACCUGAACCGCCUACGCGUGGGCGAGCGGAGCGUGCUGAGGACGAACAGCCGCCUCCUGUCUGGUGCGGAGAUGGGGCCCGACAGCUGUCUCCUUGAGCACACGUUGAUCAUGGCUGGGGAUGUUGUGGGCGAGGGGGAGACGAUGCAGGGCUGGCCUGCGACUGCAUUCAGGGGUGCCCGAGUCUAG